AUGAGUGAAACGCACAGCUUCCAGAUCCAGUCUCUAGACCUGGCAAACUUUCAACCAUGUCUGCAGGAGGGAGAAGAUGCAGAAGAAGCGCGAAACAAAAAGACCGUGACGGCUCUCUACAGAGCCUUGACCUCCAACGACGUUGAUGUCGUCCACCUCCUCCUCGCACCCUAUCUGGAGUGGUGGUUCCAUGGCCCACCAACCCACCAGCAUUUGAACCGCCUGCUCACCGGUGCGUCACCAUACGACCCGUCAUUCAAGUUCGUCCCUCUCUCCAUCGUCGCGUUCGGGUCAAUGGUGCUGGUUGAAGGAUUCGACGAUUGUCGUUCGGUGUCGUGGGUGCAUGCAUGGACCGUGACGGACGGGAUAAUUACCCAGGUCAGGGAAUACUACAACACGUCCGUCACAGUCACCCGGUUAUCGUCACCCGAAAUUAGGUCACAGUCAGGCAAUUGCCAGAGUGUGUGGCAAAGUAAGUUAGCGGAUAAUGGGUCUGUGCCUGGCCUCGUUUUGGCACUGUAACUAGCAAAAUGCUACAAUUAUGAUCUAAUAAGCUCUUUAAUAUUUGCUUAA